AUGAGGCUCAGGACAGGACAGGUGGGCCGGGAAGCCCCCCGGGGACCAGGGCCUGGUCCCAGGCUACGCUGGCCCCUGAUGCUGCUGGGCCUGGCCGUGGGUGUCCCUGGUCUCCUGUCCUUGACAGCAGUACCUCAGAGAAGGGCCCCAGGCCCUGGAGCCUGGGAAGGAAGCGCCCCAUCCAGCCUGCAGAGCCCACGGAGCAGGUCCCUGCUCCAGCCCAGCCCCCAGGGGACAGGCUCCCAAUGCUGGCCCCGUGGAUUUUGGUUGAAGCCUCAGUCACUGGGGUAUGUCUUUGGCAGCGGUACCCACCUCACUGUCCUAGGGCAGCCCAAAGCCGCCCCUUCAGUCACUCUGUUCCUGCCCUCCUUGGAGAGGUUCCAAGACAGUAAGGCCUUAUUGGUGUGCCUGAUAGCUGACUUUCGCCCGGGAUCCAUCUCUGUGGCCUGGAAGGCAGACGGCAGCCCCAUCACCCAGGGUGUGGAGACCACUGAGCCCUUGAAACAAAGCAAUGGCAAGUAUGUGGCCAGCAGUUACCUGAGCCUGACAGCUGACCAGUGGAGAGGUCACAGCAGGUACAGCUGCCAGGUCACGCACGAGGGCAAGACCGAAGAGAAGACAGUGGCCCCUGCAGAAUGUGCUUAGGGCCCCGGCCCCCACCCCAGCCACAUGGGCCUGGAGCUGCAGGAUCCC